AAAUAGUGACAGCUUGUAAGGAAAAAGUACGUGUUCAAAGAGAACCGACAAUAAUAAAGUCGGAUUUACAGCUGAUAUCGAGAGAUCAGACAGAAAACCGAGAUGAGACGAGCACAUAUGGGAAAUGAGCAGCCCUACAAACCAACUGCCCAGAUGUUGGAGGCAGAGAACCAGCAUAUGGAGGAUCAGUUAUCAAGUAAAGUGAAGGCUCUAAAGUCUAUGACAAUAGACAUAGGAACUGAAGUGCGAGAACAGAACAAGUUUUUAACAGAAAUGGAUGAUGACUUCAACAAAAGCAGUGGAUUAUUACAGUCAACCAUGGGACGUUUAAAGGACAUUGCCAGUAAAGGUGGCCCUAGGUUGUGGUGGUACAUGUUUCUGUUUAUAUUGUUUGUGUUAUUCAUCUGUUGGGUCAUUGUCAGGUUCCGAUGACCUAGAUCUUCAGUAGCAGCUCUGCAGUACAGAAUUAACAUUAACGACAAGACUUCUCUCUCAAAUGUUUACCUAGGAAUGAUUGAAACACAGAAAAGAUCCAGUUAUUGGUGUUUAAUAUAAUAUUACUAUUAUAUAGUAAUGGGCAUGAAGUGCUAUAUCAAAGGCUAUCCAGUGUUCAGUCUUCAACUUUUUUUGUUGUUACCUCCCUUUAAGCAAUCUUCCAAAAUAUUUUUGACUUGUUGGAAUGUAAAUAACCUGUGAAUAGAAAUUCUAUCAAUAAUUACAUUUGAUAAUCUAACUUUUUUGCUAUCAUAGAUUUCAAACCUCUUGGUAGCCUACAGACAUAAUGCUGUAAUAAAAGUAUUUACAAUUUGUUAUGAUAUGGUUAUACUUACAUAUGACUAUGUUAGAAUUGUUGAAAGUUCAGUAAUUGAAGUGAUCUUUCAUAAACAAAGAUCUUAUUUUUGUCUUGGAUACUGAAUUUGCAUGUAUACUUUUAAGUGACAAAGAUUCUUAUCCAUAAUUUGUGCUUUUUAAAUAAGAUGCACAUUAAAAAUGUUAUUGAAAAUGUUCAUCUGUUUUUUUUUUAACCAUGAGUGUAUCAUAACAGUU